UUUGCGGAGUUACAACGCUAGAAACCGGGUUUCGAUAUCCAUACUGGGAAGAGCACAGAUAGCCCAUGGUGCUGCUUUGUGCUUAACUUCAAACAAACAAAUUGGAAUGAUGACAUCAAUUUUGGAAGCUUUUGUGCCUCUACUGGGUGUUUUAGGAAAACCAGAUUCUUGUACUAGACCAGAAAACCUACAGUUGUUAGCUGAUGAUUUUAAACCACCGACUUCUUUAUCAUUGAAAGCAACUUCAGUUAGACAACAAAGAAAUGAUGCAGAUGCAACUAAAACCACUAUUAUAAAACAAACAAUUAGAAGUUCUGCAAAUUAUGUUGACAAUGUCAAAAGUAAGAACAAUGUGUUUAGUGGUCAACAGAUUGUGCUGGACAUACCUUCUUCACUUAGUCUGAAAGAAAAGCAAAAGUUGAAGAAAAAAAUUGUGGAUAAUGGUGGUCAGUUGUCAUACAUUCUUACAAACAAGAGUCAUUUUGUUAUUCAUAUACAAGACUCCAGUCAAAAGAAUCAAGUCAGGGAAAGACUAAAUAAAGCUUUGAAGUACAACAUACCUGUUGUUACUGAGGAUUUCAUUGAUGCAUGUUUACAAGCCAACAGAGUAGUUGAUCCACAGCCUUUCUUAUUCACUAGGAAAGCUCAAGGAGAGGCAUUUCACAGAGGAAAAAUUACAGUUAAUCCAACCAAGCCAUUUAGAAACAAGACAUUCAAACCACUGCUAUUGAAUUCACUUUCUGUGUAUCCCUAUGAAGGACUAGAUGGGUAUGAGUUGGUGAAAGGAGUUGUCUUAAAAGGUAAUCACAAGAUACAACAUCUCCAAGCAGUGGUUAAAAUGGGUGAUUCAUCUCAUGAUACACCAAAGAAUCAAGAUGUAUCAUUCUUUGUUCUUGAACUUCAUGUUUCUUUAGGACAUGAUAAAGACAGCAAGCAACAAUAUUGUAUAUUCACUCAUCAAGGGCACCUAUUGAAACUUCAGUCUAGUGUUCGAGAGUGUCGCUAUGUGGAAACACCAGAAAUAGCACUGGCGGUGUACACUCAGCUUUACAAUAAAGCUACAAGUUCACCCUUUUUUAUGAAGAGUUGCACUCACCUGUUGCAUACUGAUUUAGGUUCUCCUGCAUUUCAAAAGCUCCAGACUGAAUGGAGCAAGGCAGCUCCGAAUGUGUCUCCAGAAGUUCUUGGUCUUGUGGAUUUUCUUUGGACAGAAGCAAUGGGUCAUUUGACAACAUUUUUAUCUGUGUCACCUGCAAAAAUUCCUCAGUGGAAAGUUCUUCGAGAUAUGGCCUCAGUAAGUGAGACAACAGGUUUGAUGACAGAGGGACAACAACAUGCAAAGUAUCAAGCUCUUCGAUGUCACAUUACUUACCUGCAUGAAAGUAGUGAAGAAUAUGAAAGAAUUAAGGGCCAUAUCUUAGAAUCACAGAAGAGGGAUACAGGCAUACAGGUCCACAAUAUAUUUUGUGUACAGAGAGAUAUAGAAGCUGCAGAAUUUUUCUAUCACCUGUCUAACCAGCAAGAAUUGUAUCAUUCCACACAUUCUGAAAACUUGGUGGGAAUCCUGUCACGGGGACUUCUUCCUCCGAUGUCUGUACAAACUGAACUUGAUGAAAAUCAGACAGAUGUAGGCAUGUUAGGAGCAGGAAUCUAUUUUGCUGAUUCAGCUAGAUAUGAACUAUUUUCAGAAUAUUGUUAA